AUGUCAAAAUUCUUUGCAAACAUUACAGAACUCCCACCUGACCCACUUUUCGGUUUAAAGGCAAGAUACGGUGCGGAUACUCGUUCCGAUAAAGUUGAUUUGGGAAUUGGUGCCUAUAGAGAUAAUAACGGUAAACCAUGGAUCUUACCAGCUGUUAAACUUGCUGAAAAGAAGUUGGUAGCAUUGCCUGAUUACAACCACGAGUACCUUAACAUUUCUGGUUAUCAACCAUUUUUAACUGAGGCUGCCAAGGUAAUUCUCGGAAAUGAUUCUAGAGCAAUUUCUGAAGGUAGAGUUGUUUCUCAACAAUCAUUAUCAGGUACUGGAGCUCUUCAUUUAGCCGGGAAGUUUCUCAAGGAAUCCUACACUGGUUCAGAUGUUACCCCAACUGUUUACUUGUCCAAGCCAACAUGGGGUAACCAUGUACAAAUUUUUGAAUCAAUUGGGUUUAAAGUAGCCUUUUACCCAUACUGGAACAAUGCCACUAAGGAACUUGACAUUGAAGGAUACCUUGAAACUAUUCGUAAUGCUCCUCUGGGAAGUAUUUUCGUUCUUCAUGCUUGUGCACAUAACCCAACUGGUUUGGACCCCACUGUUGACCAAUGGAAGAAGAUACUUUAUGAAAUUUCUAAAAAAAAUCAUUUACCACUCUUUGACUCUGCAUACCAAGGAUUUGCCAGUGGUAACUUGGAUAAAGAUAACUUUGCUGUCAGAUUGGCCAUUGAUGAUAAUUCUAUCAAGGCUCCUAUAGUGAUUUGUCAAUCAUUUGCCAAGAAUGUGGGUAUGUACGGUGAAAGAGUUGGUGCAGUCCACGUUAUUGUUCAAGAAAAGGAACAAUCUUUGAACAAUGCCAUUAAAUCUCAAUUAAACAAAUUGACAAGAUCAGAAAUUUCUAAUCCUCCAGCUUAUGGUGCUAAAGUUGUGGCAACUAUCUUGACUGAUUCGGCCUUAAGAGCACAAUGGGAAGAAGAUCUUGUAACCAUGAGUUCUAGAAUCAACAAGAUGAGAAAUAAGUUGAGAGAAUUACUUAUUUCAUAUAACACUCCUGGUAACUGGGACCAUAUUGUGAGUCAAACUGGUAUGUUUUCAUUCACAGGAUUAACCCCAGAAAUGGUUGCAAGAUUAGAAAAGACACAUGGAGUUUACCUUGUGAGCUCUGGAAGAGCUUCCGUUGCAGGAUUGAAUGAUCAUAACGUUGAUAAGGUGGCAAAGGCAUUUGAUGAAGUGGUUAGAUUUUCUUCAAAAUCAAAAUUUUAA